GCUUCCUAUUUGGCAUGUCUUUUGUAAAGACAGUCUGUCUUCGGCAGUGCAAUGUGCUUCAGCUGAUGCUUGUGCCCUGGCAAAUGAUGACGAAAAUGUCCAGGAAAAGGGGGAAGAGGCUGGUCCUAGACUGGAGUCUGAGCAUGCAGGCGCAAGUACACGGAGUUACUCUACAGAAGAGCUACUUGAUGACUUUACAAAAUCUGUCCAGACUGCAGAACUGAGUGAAGCAAGCCAGCCUGAAGUUGAGACUCCCUCUUCAGUAGAUUUAAAUGAAGCUUCAUCUAGCAUAGUUGCAAGCACUGAAAACAUUUCCAGUUCACCUACCUCAGAGAUACCUCCAGUCUCGCAGCCCGACCUUGCAGGUCAACAUAUAGAGAAUAUAUCAUCUUCACACGGCAAGGGAAAGAAGACAAAAUCUGAGUUUGAGUCGAAAGUUUCAGCAGCUGAAAAGGGGGCAGAUGAGCAAAAAUCGGCUCUGAAUGCCUCAGAGAACUUAAAAAGGGAGAAAGACUAUAAGAAAACUGGAGAAAUUGACCCUACGUCGGUGAUAACCCCAAAGGACCCUGGAGACAUUCCAACGUUUGAUGAAUGGAAGAAGAAAGUCAUGGAAGUAGAGAAAGAAAAGAGUCAGUCAAUGCACCCUUCUGCUGUUGGUGGGCAGCAUUCCACAAAAAAAGUCCAGAAAAAUAGAAAUAACUAUGCCUCUGUAGAGUGUGGUGCCAAAAUUCUGGCAGCAAAUCCAGAGGCAAAGAGCACUUCAGCUAUUUUGAUGGAAAACAUGGAUCUUUAUAUGCUAAAUCCUUGCAGUACUAAAAUCUGGUUUGUUAUUGAGCUCUGUGAACCAGUCCAAGUAAAGCAGCUUGACAUUGCAAAUCACGAAUUAUUCUCUUCCACUCCUAAAGACUUUCUGGUGUCUAUCAGUGACAGGUAUCCAACAAACAAAUGGAUUAAAUUAGGUACUUUCCAUGCCAGAGAUGAGAGAAAUGUCCAAAGCUUCCCUCUGGAUGAACAGAUGUAUGCAAAAUAUGUUAAGAUGUUCAUCAAGUACAUAAAGGUGGAGUUGAUAUCACACUUUGGAUCGGAACAUUUUUGUCCUUUAAGUCUUAUAAGGGUAUUUGGUACUAGCAUGGUCGAAGAGUAUGAAGAAAUAGCUGAUUCUCAGUAUCAGUCUGAACGACAGGAACUCUUUGAUGAAGAUUAUGAUUAUCUAUUGGAUUAUAAUACAGGAGAAGAAAAAUCUUCAAAAAAUCUCCUUGGUUCUGCUACAAAUGCUAUCUUAAGUAUGGUGAAUAUUGCUGCUAAUAUGCUUGGAGCCAAAACUGUUGAGUCGUCUGAAGGUGAAG